AUGAUACUGGCCCCAAUCCCUACUUUCUCUGCUCUGGCUCUAGGCCUGUUCCUGUGGGUCUUUGUCAAGCGGGCACUAUCCUCUGACCGUGACAUUCCAGGCCCUUUUCUGGCCCGCUUCACUCGGCUCUGGUAUCUCAGACAAAUGACGAGAGGUGAUUUUCAGUAUACCAAUAUCAGACUGCACCGGGACCAUGGCAAAAUUGUGCGCAUCGCCCCCGGCUGGUACAGUCUUACCGGUCUCGAUGCUAUCAAGACCAUAUAUGCUCAUGGUUCCAAAUUCAUCAAGUCAGAGUGGUAUGAGGCUUGGAACUUCUCACCGGACACCAGAGACCACAACCUGUUUUCUGUUCAAAAUGUGGCCGAUCACUCCAGCGCCCGUCGUAAGGUCGCGGCCAUGUACGCCAUGUCAGCUAUAGUUUCGUACGAGCCUUAUGUAGAUAAUUGCAUCCGGCGACUGCGCAAGAAACUGGACUCCACUGCGAAGGACGGGUCGACUUUGGACCUAGGACACUGGCUUCAAUGCUUUGCUUUUGAUACCAUAAGCGAAAUCACGUACGGUGAGCGAUUCGGUUUCCUGGAUAAUGGCAAAGAUAUCAACAACUUGAUCGCCAACCUGGAUCAAAGCUUUGUUAUUAGCAGUCUGGUGGGCCUUCUCAUCUGGCUACGACCACUGGCUCUUUUCCUCGGCAGCUUUUUCGCGACGUCCGAUGCCCUGUACGUGGCUCGUUUCAACGCCCAAAAGUUCAAAGAGUUGUCACAAGAGUAUCUCAAGAAUCCAUCUCCUCCGGGGCUAAUCCCUAUGGUCCGAAGGCUUCUUCAUGCUCGGCAAGAGGAUGUUAAAGGCCUGACGGAUAAGGACAUCCAGACAAGCGCAGCAUCCAAUAUUGGUGCCGGGAGUGACACCACGGCAAUCGGUCUCAGCUCUGUGGUAUUCUAUUCGUAUCGGUUCCCGGAGACGCUGAAAAAACUGCGACAAGAAAUUCAAGAUGCUGGUCUAGGAAGCGAGCCUUCUUUCCAGGAAACUCAGAAAUUGCCGUAUCUGCAGGCUGUUAUCAAGGAGUCGAUGCGUCUGCAUCCGGGUGUCGGGUUCCCUCUUUUCCGUAUCGUGCCAAAAGGUGGUGCUGUUAUCUGUGGUCGGUUCUUUCCGGAGGGUACGAAUGUUGGAGUAAAUAGCUGGGUCAUCCAUCGAGAUGAGAGCAUCUGGGGCUCGAAUGCCGACGACUUCGUGCCGGAGAGAUGGUUGACCGAAGACUCUGAGAAGCUCCGAAUAAUGGAACAAUGUCUGGUUCCUUUCGGCAUCGGGUCAAGAACCUGUAUCGGCAAGAAUAUCUCGCUGUAUGAGAUUAACAAACUCAUUCCGCAGCUCGUUCGGGACUACGAUAUCGAUAUACAGCAAGAAGGUGGUACAGACGUGAGGUCAAACAAUAUGUGGUUUGUCAAGCCGGUGCAGUUUGACAUAAAGAUCAAGCAGAGGUCAGAUGGGUCUGGUGUCUGA